AUGGGCAAUAACAACACGGCCGACUGUGACUCGACCGCACGAAUUACUGCAGUGUCCCCCUUUGCCAUGGUUCUUGGACAGUCGAUAAGAGACUGGGGGACACUUUCACCAAUCCUGCGAUCGAUCGACGACUGGGUCAAUGGGACGUCUGAUCAAGGCGUUCGCCAGCAGCGAUGCUGCAGGGAAGAAUUUGCCAGCAUCGGCCUGCUUCUCCGGCAUUGCCAAGAGAGACACUCCCUUUCUAAGGCGCCAACCUCCCAGGACGCCGUCAGUCCCGAUCAAGACGAUGUCGACAAGGCCCAUUGGGGUUCCUUCUUAUUCUGUGAUGACUGCGGUACAAAACACCCGGAGACACUUGUGCCGGUGGAUUCUUCUCAAUCCCCCGUCUCCGCCGUGGAAAGGGAGCCCUUCAGGUGCGAAGACUGCGGCGAAACAUUCAAACUGGAGCGGAAUCUUCGGGAGCAUUUGGCUAAGACGCAUGGGAAGGACGAUGGCUUGCCAUGCGGGCAAUGCGAUGAGACGUUUGCCACAGAGGAUUACCUUAUGGCGCACAUCCGCAAGGACCAUGGCGAUCCCAAGCCGCUCAAGUGCCAGGAACCCAAAUGCGAGAGCUCAUUCGCUUCAAGGUAUAAUCCGAAUGAGCAUGUUGUUGCAGUGCAUCGCCAGGUAAAGGCUUUCAAAAUGCUCAAAAUGCCCAGUGUCAUAUGCUCGAAAAACGAGCCCGACUAUGCACGUCAGGGAAAAGCAUGGCAACGCACAGAAAUUCAAGUCGAUCUUGGUGUAUGCAAGGCUGAAUUUGUUCGGAAAGGCGAUCUCAAAAGGCAUAACAAGAAUGUGCAUGGCAUUAAUGAAUAG